ACGCAUUGCUUCUCGAUUUUCACAUACUCUCACCACACAUUUGCCAUACAAACCGAUCAUGUCUACCGCACUAAUCUUCGGAGGGUCCGGCAAGGUAGCGAGACAUUUGACCACAAAAUUGAAAGCAUCCUCCUAUACCGUGUAUUCCGUCAUCCGAAAGGAAUCACAGAUGCCCGAACUUGAAGCACUGGGAGCCCGACCUAUAGUCCAAAGUAUCGAGGGCUCUAGUGUCGACGAACUCACUUCAACCAUCUCAAAGCACAAGCCCAACGUAGUCAUCUGGAGUGCAGGAGCUGGAGGAGGCAGUCCCGAACGUACCAGAGCUGUAGAUCAUGAAGGUGCUGUCAAGGUCUUUGAUGCUACCGCCGCCGCAGGGGUGAAGAGAUUCAUCAUCGUCAGUGCAAUAGAUAUCCGCGAUCGUGAAAACAAGCCAACGCCAGAGUGGUAUAACGACGAUGACCUUGCCGUCAGCAACAAGAUGUGGAACGCCAUUGGGGUCUACUGUGAAGCCAAACUGGCUGCUGAUCGCGAUCUUGUCUCCAAGAACCAUCUUCGUCAGCUCGAUUACACGAUCCUCCGGCCAGGCUCGCUAAACACAGAGAAAGGUUCUGGUAAGGUCGCAGCUGGCAAAGUCCAUUUGGGCCAGAGCAUUUCUCGGGAGGAUGUCGCAGAAUUAAUCGUGCGUGUUAUGGAGACCCCAUCUACCAUUGGUCUUGCAUUUGAUGUUGUCGGUGGCGAGACAUCUAUCCCUACCGCAGUAAAGCAGGUGAGCGACGAGAAGAUCGAUACCUUCGAAGGACACUAUUGAGCGAGGAUGCUUUGAUCGUUUGGUACGAAAGUAGCUGUAGAAAGGCAC